AUGGGCACCAACAAGUGCGCCAGCCAGUCCGGUAUGACAGCCUACGGCACCAGGAGGCACCUCUACGACCCCAAAAACCAGAUCCUGCCGCCCAUGGACCACUCCACCAUCAGCCUCCAGAUGGGCACCAACAAGUGUGCCAGCCAGGUGGGCAUGACGGCUCCCGGCACCAGGAGACACAUCUACGAUGCCAAGACGGGGACGGAGAAGUGCGACAACUCCUCCAUGUCGCUGCAGAUGGGCUCCAACCAGGGUGCCAACCAGAGCGGCCAGGUCUUCGGCUUGGGCCGCCAGAUCUACGACCCCAAAUACUGCCCGCAGGGCAGCCAGGGCGAGGUGGCCAACGCUGCCUGCGACGAGAGCGGGGACCCCCCCGGGUACCACUACUACCGGGAGGAGGAGGAGAGCUACUGA